ACAGUCGCGUCUAUAGCCUUCCCUCGAAUAAAACGAUUAGCUGACACGUUUUUGUUAAAAUUUAUAAAAAUGAGCUGGAGGGUGUUCAAUAUUUUCAAUCUACCACUGGCAGAUCCGUUUCCCUUGCCGCUUAUCACAUCUCCAUGGCCUGUUAUUUGUAUACUCUUGGUGUAUUUAUUGUUCGUCCUAAAACUUGGCCGAAUAUUUAUGGAGAAUCGUGAGCCAUAUGAUGUGAAGAAAUUAAUGAUGGUGUAUAAUAUCGUCCAGAUUUUUUAUAACGCUUGCAUAUGUUGUCUUGCUAUUUAUUGGCUGUUUAUUAAUCCAAUGUAUGAUUUCCAAUGCAUGGAGACUUUAGGCCUUGAUCAUCCUGAGAAGAUUUGGGAGCGCAUGACAGCCUACGCCUAUUUUAUCAACAAAAUCCUAGAUCUGGCGGAUACUGUAUUUUUUAUUGUGCGCAAAAGCUACAAGCAGAUCACCACUCUUCAUGUCUAUCAUCAUGUUAUUAUGGUGUUGUCCACUUACAUGGUGGAACGCUUCUACGGACCAGGAGGCCACUUUAAUGUACUGGGGUUGCUCAAUAGCUUCGUUCACGCCAUUAUGUACUUCUACUACUUACUCUCCUCACUAUAUCCACAACUUAAGUCCAGUUUCUGGUGGAAGAAGUAUAUUACCAUCAUACAAAUUAUACAGUUCACCAUUUUAAUUCUCCAUUCAUUAUAUGUUCUUCUGUUCUCAAGGAACUGUGGUUUUCCCAAUUCUUUGCUUCUUAUGAUAAUAGCACAAAACUCAAUAAUAGGCUUCAUGUUUAUUAAAUUCUAUAUUAAUACCUAUAUUAGGCCUCAGAAAAAGAAAGAAGAGUAGCGGUUCGCACAUUAUCGUUGUUAUAUCAAUCAACCAGUUAAUAAAGCUCAACUUAUCUUUGCUAUUCAGUUAAAA